GUCCCCGCUUGUCCGGUGGCCACAGCCUCCACGAGACGUCCACGGUGCUGGUGGAGACGGUCACCAAGGCCACCUCCUCGGUGGGCGGCAGCUACAGUGCCCUGCCCAAGUUCUCCUCGGAUGCCAGCAAGGUGGUCGCCCGUGGGCCCGGCUUAAGCAAGGCCUUCGUGGGCCAGAAGAACACCUUCACCGUGGACUGCAGCAAGGCAGGCACCAACAUGUUGAUGGUGGGCGUCCACGGGCCCAAGACCCCCUGCGACGAGGUCUACGUCAAGCACAUGGGCAACCGGGUCUACAGCGUCACUUACACCGUCAAAGAGAAGGGCGAUUACAUCCUCAUCGUCAAGUGGGGGGACGAAGGCGUGCCCGGGAGCCCCUACCAAGUCAGCGUGCCCUAGGAGUGGGGGGGGGGAUGGAGCCCUCCCUACCCCUGCCUCCCACUCCCCUUGACCUCCCCCUGCCCAGAACUGUCAUACCCUCGACCUGCUCACCCGCGACCAAGGCGGGGACGAGGGGACGAGACGCGACCGUCGGACAUUCGCUUGGUUCGUUGAGUUGGACAUUGGCGUUUUGAGGAUUUCUCCAGGCACAUCG